AUGGAAGAUAAAUCUGCAAUACAUAACGAUAACUAUCAGGGGAGUGCUGUCGUUCUUGCUCGACUCAACAAACGGUCUUCUUCUAUUGUUAUUGGACAUCAAUCUAGUGAUGACGACAUAUCGAUAGAUGCAGAAGAGAAUAGAAAUAGCUCUCCCUUUUAUAAAUCUGUAAAGUUUUCGCUCUUAAUGUUGGUAGGAGCUUCAGUACUACUCACAGUUGUACUUUUAACAUUAAUAUGGAUACCAACUUUUAGUUCUAGUAUUUAUACCCUAAGUGAAGCCAAUAGGCUCAAAGAAUUUAACUCUAUAGUUUCCUUUGUUUCACAAACUGUGCGAGAGAUUGUGAUGGUUUCAGAGUCAAGUAAAAAUUUGCUCAAAUAUGACUUUAAUGUAUCAGAUGUGUCUGUAGUCGAACGAGCCAUGUACCAAAUUUAUAAGAGCGAACAAAAAUUUCACAAAGGCUUAACCUAUUCGACCUACAUUGGUGAUUCAUUUGGCAAUUUGGUUGGCAUUGUUGACUUGAAUGGAAAGCACAUGUUUGUACUUGUAGAUAGUAACAACACGCAGUUAUUUGAGUGUGUAGAUAUUUGGAAAAAUGAUUUGUGUGUUAGAUCGCAAACACCCAACACCAGUGCACCAAGAUUGGACAUGAGUGUUGUUGUGGAGAGAGGGACCUUAUUCUUAAACUCGCCCUCCUUCACUCUAAGCUAUGUAGAUUCAAGGUUUCCCUACACUGUCUAUAUUACAUUAGUGAAUAGUGUGAGUAAGGCUGAAGAUGCUUCCCUAGGAAUUCCCUUUUCAUUUUAUUUUGGUUAUGAUAUCUCAACGACACGAAUUUCGAACUAUCUCAAUAGUGAAUCCUCAGAUAUACCCAACUCAUUGGCCUACAUUCUAGAGUCAUCAACAGGCAAUAUUAUUUCCAGUAGUUUCAAUGAUUUUUACUAUGGAACACCAAAUGCUAGAUCCUCAAUUACUAAUUUCCCAGGUGGAGGAAGAAAUAAGUAUAUUGCGGAGACUAUUCUCGGCAACUUGAAUUCAAACAUUAGAAAUCUGAGGUGUGGUGAGCAGUUGUUUCUCUCACCAGGUGAUGAAUACAUAACAGCCCACAGAAUUUGCCUCGAAGAGAACAUUGAUUGGAUUAUUGUUUUUGCAGUGAAACAAUGGACCUAUGUUUCUACAAUGGUUGUGGCAAUUGUGGUUGCUCUUGUUGCAAGUACAGUUGUUACAAUUAUUGGAUUCAUCAUUGGAAUUUUCUUUUCUUUGAAAAUGGUGGAGCCAUUCGACUCUCUCAUUGCAAUGGUCAGGUCCGUCUCUUAUAUGGACUUUGCUCUUCCAAAGAUUGAACCAUCCUUCUUCUCUGAAUUGUCAGAUUUACAACAAAACUUUUUACUCAUGAUUAGUAAAAUUAAGAGCUACAGAGCCUUCAUUCCAAGUCACCUUCUUUCAGAAUUGGAUGCUCCUAAUGAGAAGGCUCUUGUGGAGGAUAUUCAAAAUAAGAAACCAUCUGGAAAUUUGGUGAGAAGACUCUCCUCUUCAAAGAGAUUAUCUCAGGGAGCACUAAGGAAGACUAUGGUAUUUGCACAGAAGGAUAGAUUUGCUCUCGGAUUGGAAGACAGAUGUAUCAGCCAAGUCUGUAUUUACAUUCAAGGAUUCAAAACAAUAACAGAAGAUUGUGAUUUGAAAGACAUUGUCUUUUUAUUGGGAGAAAUUUAUGAUUCCCUUAUAAAGACAAGCAAAACCACAGGAGGUCAAAUUGGAUUAUUCGAAAAUAACUUGGUAACCAUGUCUUGGAACGCAACAAAGGAUCAACCAAAACAUGAACUUAAGGCACUAAGCACAGCAACCUCAUUCUUACAAAAAAUUAACAUUAUCAAAGAAACCAGAUGGAGAUCGUAUGAAGUCUUCAGAACAUUCCCAAAACUCUUAGAGAAUAUUCAUUUUAGAGUAUCAGUUUCAUCCCAAUUGUGUCAGUGUGGUAAUAUUGGUACUGAAGAAUUUAAGAGUUUUACAAUCCUAGGAAGUAUACAAAAGAACCUUUUCAGUCUUGUAAAUAUUGCAAAACAAUUCAAUCUUGGAGUGUUAGUGACUGAAGAUAUUCACUCUGCAUGUGUAACAAAUUUUACAAUGAGAUAUAUUGAAAAUGUAGACCUCGCUGUAGAUGUAAGAAGGGCAAGAAAUAAUUUUGCAGAACCUCUCAAACAAAAAAGCACAAAACUAUAUGAAGUUGGAGAAAGUACAGCUGUUAAUAUUGAUGAGUGGAUGUACGAGCUUCAAGAAAAGGAAAAGAAGGAAAGGUGGUUAAAUUACAAUAGAGCUACCUUGUCCUUCUUUGAAAAGGAUUACAAUGAAGCAAUUACAUUAAUGGAUGAAUUUUUGAAAAAGUUUCCAGAUGAUUUACCAGCACUUCACUUUAAAGCAAAAUGUUAUUCAUACUUGGGAAACAUCUCUCAUGUUGAAUCUCUAGAGGUAUUAAGAAAGAACAGUUUCAAAGAUAAAUAA